UCAGUUGAAUCAAAGGGUCAGCUAAAAGGUCUCUGGAAUCAAGGUUGAAGAGCCUCAUCAUUUCACAAUGAUUAGAGUAAAUAUACUUUAUGUGUAUAUAUAUUCACAAAGACAGACGUACAAUCCCACACAUCCCGGAGACCUUCACAAGCUGCUGGAACAUGAGGGUCCUUCUGAUUUUGGGAACUGUUCUGCUUUGUACAUUGGUCCUUGCUGACCAUAAAGAAGGCCAUCAUGAAGGAAACGAUGACCACCAUGAAGGCCAUCAUGAAGGAAACGAUGACCACCAUGAUCAGAAACAUGACCAUGAUCACAAAGAUGGCCAUGACAAGAAAGGAGAAGACUAUCACCAUAACAUGUCCUUGUCCUGCCACAAGAUAGCUCAUUACAAUUCAUUAUUCUCCUUCGACCUGUUUCGGCAGGUAGCUCUAGAUCAUCCUUCUGAGAACAUUGUCUUCUCCCCUGUCAGUAUUUCAAUGGCAUUUUCUUUCCUGUCUAUUGGCGCCAAGGCUCAGACCCGCUCACAGAUCAUUAAUGGACUCCGCUUAAACGCAUCUGAGAUCUCAGAACAAGAAAUUCAUGAAUGUUUCCACAAUCUUCUGGAUCUCCUGAAUGAUGUGAAGCGGGAGGUCCAGCUCGGGGUUGGGAAUGCUCUCUUCGUUUCCAAGGAAUAUAAGAUUCUCCACGCUUUCCUAGAUCAGGCCAAAAAGCUCUAUCACUCAGAGGCAUUUUCUACUGAUUUCAAAAACACAGAAGAAGCAAAGAAUCAAAUUAACACUUACGUGGAGAAGAACACCCAUGGCAAGAUCGCUGAGCUGCUGAACAGUGUAGACGAGAAUGCCAUUCUUUACCUCAUCAACUACAUUCAUUUCAAAGCAAAAUGGCAAAAACCAUUUGACGAGGAAUCGACAGAAGAAGAAGAUUUUCACGUCAAUGAGAACACAACGGUGAAGGUGCCUUUCAUGUUCAGAAUAGGAUACUACGAUGUGGCCAUUCACGAUGACGCCACUGUGGUCUCCUUACCCUAUAAAGGAGAUGCCAAAGCCUUAAUCAUCAUGCCAAAUGAGGGGAAGUUGUCUGAAAUAGAGAAACAUUUGUGCAAAGAAGAAAUUAAAAAGUUGAAGAAAUCAAUGAGCAAUGAGUUUGUGAAGUUACGUUUCCCCAAAUUCUCCGUCUCCGGCACUGUCAACCUGAAAGAAACAUUAAAAAAAUUGGGCAUAGAAGACGUUUUCUCAGACAGCGCUGAUCUUUCUGGUAUUACCGGAGCACCCAACGUGAAGAUUUCUAAGGGUGUCCAUAAAGCUGUACUCAAUGUUAAUGAGCACGGGACAGAAGCGGCAGGUGCCACCGCACUGGAGGGAACCCCCAUGAUGCUUCCUCAUUCUGUUAAAAUCGAUCGUCCUUUCCUUUUCUUAUUGUAUGACUACAUAACUAAAAGCAUUCUAUUCAUGGGAAGAAUUGUCAACCCACAGAAAUGAUUCUCUCCUAAGAUGUCCUU